AUGGGAAACAGCAGGAAUGCUCCUGAUGAGAGGGUGGUUUACCUGGCUCUGGAAAAUGUCUUCAAGGGACCUAAUGCCGAACCCAUCGCUUUGUCUCCGGGCGUGCUCACGAUGGCAAAACAUUCCGACUCACGACCACGCGCGGGAAAGAAGCGGAUAGCUACGGGUGAGGGCCGGGGAAAAGAGACCGAGCAGUACAGGGUAACCAAACGACAACGGCGGGGCAAAACAACGGCGAGGAACCGAGGGCUCGGAGCUGCACCUGCUGGACUGAAUGGCGAACAGAAAGCUAAGAUUCAUGAAGUGAUAUCGAAGUACGGUGAUCCACCUUUGAAAGGGUUGGUGGACGACCAAUGGGCACCUGGCAAGGUAGUUUUAGCACACAUCCUCAACGCCUUACUUUCUUCCACGAGGAUCUCGCACAAUAUUGCGAUACAUACUCUGGAAUGUCUUCUGGAUGCGGGCUACAACGACAUAGAUGUCCUGCGCCAUACGUCAUGGGCAGCGAGGGUGAACCUUUUGGAUUCGGGAGGCUAUGUCCGGUACGAUGAGAAGACGGCCAGAUACCUCGGGGAGCUAAGGAAGCUCUUGACACAUAAAUAUGAUGACGAUGCCUCAAAGGUCCUACCCACAGGCUUGCAAGGAGAAGAAGCGCGAACCACACUCUCAACCAGACUGCAAGAAGUCAAGGGCAUAGGACCAGUAGGCACGACCAUCUUUUUCGGCUCCAUCCAGCAUUUCUUCCCGGGCAUUGCGCCGUUUCUGGACCCCAGAAGCCUUAAGACGGCCGCUCAGAUUGGUCUGGGAAGUGAUGUCGACGCCAUUUUCGCGGCUCUUGGUCAUAGCACUAGUGAAAUGGCUAAGUUGGAAGUUGCGUUAACUAAAAUCCGACUGGAGAAGAGGGAGAAGGAAUUCGAGUAG